UCCUGGGGUUUUAUCUGACACAGCCAUGCAUGUUCUUCCUCCAGACAAUGGUGGCAGCCACACACUGCACUCCAGAACGGAGACGACACCAUCGCCCACUGACAACACUGGGAGCGGACACCCGGAAUAUAUUGCGUAUGCGCUUGUCCCCGUGUUCUUCAUCAUGGGUCUCUUUGGUGUCCUCAUCUGCCACCUGCUUAAGAAGAAAGGCUAUCGUUGUACAACAGAAGCUGAGCAAGAUGUGGAAGACGCAAAGGAUGAAAAGAUAGAGUUGAAUGACAGCAUGAAUGAAAAUAGUGACACCGUUGGGCAAAUUGUCCACUACAUCAUGAAGAAUGAAGCAAACGCUGAUGUUUUAAAGGCAAUGGUAGCAGAUAACAGCCUGUGUGACCCUGAAAGCCCUGUGACCCCCAGCACUCCUGGGAGCCCACCUGUGAGUCCUGGGCCCUUAUCACCAGGUGGCACCCCAGGAAAGCACAUCUGUGGCCACCAUCUGCACACAGUGGGCGGUGCUGUUGAGAGGGACGUGUGUCAUCGGUGUAGGCACAAGCGGUGGCAUUUCAUAAAACCCACCAACAAGUCCAAAGAAAGCCGCCCAAGGCGUCAAGGAGAGGUCACCGUCCUCUCUGUGGGCAGGUUUAGAGUCACAAAAGUGGAACACAAGUCCAAUCAGAAGGAGCGGAGAAGCUUGAUGUCAGUUAGUGGGACUGAGAGCGUCAAUGGGGAGGUGCCUAUGACACCUGUGAAAAGAGAACGAAGUGGCACAGAGUAACAGGAACCACUUCAUUGGAAGAGUUCUGAGACUGAAAACUACAAGAAUGGAGUUGCCCAAGGAAUGUUUUUUAUCUUUUAUACGAUUUCUAUCAUGGAGUCUGCAGGCAUAUGGAAAAAAGCUAAAAGGGAAUAUUGUUGCUAUGCUGAAUACCAAAUCCAGUUGGCUUUGAAACAAGUUUUGGUUUUAAAGUCUGAUGAAAAAUUUAUUACAGAUCCAGGCAAGAAAAGAGCUCAUUUUUUUAUCUUUCCAACCGCCUUCAGCCACCAUCCUCCCAAUCCGCGUCCCUGGCCUUGGGUGUCCAGCUUUCCCGGUCUGAUCACCGUGUACGUGGAAGCGCUCGUGUAGUCUGAGCUGACGCUGUGUGCGUGCCUGUGCUUCCGCUCCCCUCACCCUUCCUUCCUGUUUUACUACUGAGUGGAAAAGAUCCUGUGACAGUUUAACUGUUACAAGAGAUAAAGAUGACUGUCUGGUGGUGAAAGGUCCUUGAAGAUAACCCAGUCUAGCCCUGAGAAACCGAUGCCCCAAGAGGUCAUGGAGUCAGGUGGAACCAGAGGGCAGAGUUUGGAUUCAAAGACCAAGGGUUCAGCAUUGACUUCUGCCACCAUCAUUCCACUCUCUUAGGUCACUUAUAAAAUAUUGAGAAGUGGUUUUUUUCUUUUUUAAACUUGAGCUGAACAAUUCUUGUUUAGCUUAUUCAGUAAAGGGGGAAAUGGUUUAAAGUCACAAAAAAAUUCUUGUUUUGGCAACCGAAGGUCAAAACAGAAAAUCUCCGCUUCUCCUGCCAGAUGGGCCUGCACCUUCCCCUGGCUUGUUUUCCUUGGUGCACUUGCUGUUUUCCAGCUUGUAACUAAUGUUUAUUAUUUAAAAGAGUCUGAGUGGUUCUUUCCCCCUUUGGGCUUGGGAAACCAUACUUAUUUUUUUUAGCCUUAGAGUUCAUGCAACACCUGAAAGAACUAACUCAGAGGCAAAAACAGUACAUUUAUGGUAGGUCUGGGGCAAAGGCUGGGAGGGCCACCUACAGGGAGAUCACCAAGACCUACUUCUUGCUGCUUUUAUUUCAGAGAGAAAGGGCACAUUUCUCAUUUGCCUCCCAGAAGGUGAUUUCCAUUAGAAUGUAUUUGAAGUAUUUACUGUAAAUAUACUCAUUCCAUUCUGUUUCUGGCAUCAAACUAAAAGUGUCUAACAUUCGAUUUCGUGUCAAUUUUUACUGACAACUAAUUAAAAGGCGUAUGUGUAUACAUACAUAAAUACAGUGGACUAGAGGAAGUCAGUAUGGAACAAACUUCACUGCGGUCCAAAAAGUAGCAAUAUAGGAACUUGGGGGAUGUGAAUUAGUGUAAAUAAUAUAUGUGCACUCUAGACCAAUAGUUUUAGUUUUUAAAAAAGUAUCAUUUAAUUUUGUUUGUUUAAAGAAUAUGCCCUCAGAAUGGUGAGGGGUAAAAUGUAAGAUAUUCUUCAGCUUUAAUUAUUUUUUAACUUUAUUCAAGUCAGAGCACUUUUUUAAUAGCAAUACGACAGGCAAGAGAAUACUCAAAUAUUUUAAGAUUGUAUUUAUACCAACAGUACGUUUUAAAUAUUUUCUAAUACUUGAGCAGUUUCUGUCUGUCUUCCAAAUAUGCCAAAAGUUAAGCAUUCAAUAUUUUCAACACAUAAGUUUUUUACUGGUUUCUAUGAUCUGAUAAGAACUCUCGAGUGUUCUGUUCCCAAAGCAACUGACGUUUACAGGCCACGUGUCUUCCUCCUGCUGCAGGACUGGGACCCUCACAAACUUGCUAUAGAAACACUAACGAUGGACUGACUUCGGGUGUAACGAAUGGGUUGGCUGCCACCUCGAUGUAAAAACUUGUAAAGGAAAUUUUUCACCCUUUUGAGUGUCAAGUGUAUUUUUAACUGUCAGGUUUGUACUUUUACGACUUUUGUACUACCAAAGCAGAGUUAAAAAUAAAAGUGUUAAAUACAGUGUGCA